UCACCAGCAUCCAUCCAUCCCCUGGACUGAUGCAGGCGAGCCGCCCUGCAGUGUCACAGCAGGCACCUCCCUCUCCCUCCGACCCUCCACACCAACGCAGAAGUACAGCCGGGAAGGAGAAUGGCGUAGAGCAGGGACAUGCUGAAGGAGAAGAGCCCGUUCCCAGGACCUAGCCGUUUUUCGCCAUGAGCAUCGUCGUUUCCCCGAUGGCCAGUGAGGCCGCCUCGCCCAUGAUCACCUCCGUCACCCCCACCCUCGACCCCUGCGCCAAGGACGAGGGCGAGGGGCUGGGGGAGGGCAGCAGCGGAGACGGGCUGGCGCGGGAGCAGGACCACGCCCGACGCCAGCAGAAGCCUCCGCCCCUCCACACCGGCGCAGACUGGAAGGUGGUGCUGCACCUCCCGGAAAUCGAGACCUGGCUGCGCGCCACCACCACCAGGGUCCGCGACCUCACCCACUCCGUCCACCAAGAUGCCAUCAACAAGCACGUGGACGUGCACCUGGUGCAGCUCAAGGACAUCUGUGAGGACAUCUCGGACCACGUGGAGCAGAUCCACGCCCUGCUGGAGACGGAGUUCUCCCUGAAGCUGCUCUCGUACUCGGUGAACAUCAUCGUGGACAUCCGCACGGUGCAGCUGCUCUGGCACCAGCUGCGCGUGUCCGUGUUGGUGCUGCGGGAGCGUCUGCUGCAGGGUCUUCAGGACUCCAACGGCAACUACACCCGACAGACAAACAUCCUCCAGGCCUUCUCCCAGGACCACGACCAGGCCCGGUUGGACGCUCUGACUGAAGUUGACGACUCGGGUCAGCUGACCAUCAAGUGCAGCCAGGACUAUUUCUCCCUGGACUGCGGAAUCACGGCCUUCGAGCUCAGCGACUACAGCCCCGGCGAAGAGCCAGAAGGUCAGGUCAAGGGUCAGGAGAGCCACAGCUGCUACCCCGGGCUGGAGCAGGACUUCCCCGAGCUCAUCCAAAGCGUGGGCCUGCUGACCGUCGCAGCCGAGCGGCUUUCCUCCCAGCAUAGCCAGGGGUCCCCUGACGGGGAGAGCCCCGAAGUCAUUGCCGAAACCCCGGAGAACGUUCCGGAGAACCCCGCAGCUCUGAGUGAGGACACACCCGAGAGCUCGCCCACCUCACCGGCCACUUACCGCGUAGCCCCGCAGGGCGAGAGCGCCCUCUCCAAGCGGCCCCUCCUGGACUGCUUCAACUGCAACGACGCGUCCCCCACCCAGCCGUCCCUCCCCAAAAAGGCCAUGUACCCUGAAGGCAUCUCCCGGGAUGACAGCGAGUCCGUCCUGAAGAGGGUCCCGCCCUCCUCCUCCUCACUGCAGUUCCAGGCUGACAUCAGCCGGAGCACCCCGUCCCUGCUGGACCCUCCCGACCGGUCAAAGUUCUGGCUGGAGCUCACCUCCGUCUAUCCCAGCGCCGUCAGCCAUUCGUACGACAGCCUCAACGCCACCUCCAAAUGCAGGAGCAGACCGGCGAACGUAGACUCUGGUCCCCUGAAGAGGAGUUCCUCAGAGACAGGCCAGGGCGGCGACCAUGAAGAGCGUACGACCUCCUGCUCCCGCCCGGACCCCGCCGCAGUUCCCCUGACAGACGGCCGGAGGGCUGGAGAAGGUGCGAGUCCCCCAACCUCGCCCACACAAAACCCCCCAUCCUGCAUUCUUCCGGCAGAGGACCGUGGCUUGACCUCUGAACCGCCCGACCACAGAUCCUUAAAGGACUCAGUCCUCGACCUCCCCCAAACCAAGGUCGUCCAGGUCCUGGAGGAAGAAGGCUCCAGGCUGUCCCCGAGUGGGAGCAGCAGGAUGAGCUCCAAGGAGGAGCGAUGGUACGGUUCGGAUGAGUACCUGGCGCUCCCCUCCCAGCUGAGGAAGACGGAGAUUCUGGCCCUGAAGCUGGAGACCCUGGCCCAGGCCCUGCCCCACCGGCCCUCGGAGGAGCCCAUCCAGGACGUGGACGACUGGGAGCUCUCCGAGGGCCACUCCGACUGGGAUGGGGGGCCGGCCUACCAACACGCUCGCGUGUACGACAAGCCCUUCGGCGCAGGCCGCUUCUCGCCCACCUCCUCCAGCGACAUCGCACCCUCCCUGGACGAGAGCAUCGAGUCCGGGCCCCUCAGCGACCUGCUGUCGGAAGAUGAGGCAUACUGGAACGCAGCCGAGGCCAAGACCAGGGACAAGCCGGUCUGGCUGUCCAAGUCCCCCGAGACGGAAGAGUCGUCCGGCCUGCACAAACCCCUUAUACAGCAGCUACUGGAGGAUAUCCAGCACCAGGAAAACGACCAGGACAUAUGGGGCAAGAUCGAGGGGUUUGUGGGCAAGCUGGACGAGUUCAUCCGCUGGCUGAGGGAGGCUCUGGAGAGCACGGAGAACUGGACCCCCCCUAAAGCGGAGACAGACAGCCUCCGGCUUUACCUGGAGACACACCUGAGCUUCAAGCUGAACGUGGAUAGCCACUGCUCCCUGAAAGACAGCGUGCUGGACGAGGGCAGCCAGCUCCUGGAAGUCAUCAUCUCCCACAAAUCAGGUCUCAGGGACACGCUGCAGCUCAUCUCCCAGCAGUGGCGGGAGCUGCAGAGGCAGAUCCGCAGACAGCACAGCUGGAUCCUGCGCGCCCUGGACGCCAUCAAAGCCCAGAUCCUGUCCCGCCAGCCGUCCGGGGAGGCGCUCCGAGGAGACGCGGGCCCCACGGGGGAGGUCCAGUGGUGCCAUCAAGAGGCUCAGAAUGACGUUCUGGACCAGAUGGCCCUCAGACUCAACAGCCAGCAAUACUGCAGUGGCACCAAAAGGAAGAAGGAGUUUGCCCAGAUGUCAAAGGUCAACCGAAUGGGAAGCAACAGUCUGCAGGAUUUUGAGUCUGAGUACCAGGAGCUCUGGGAUUGGCUGAUGGACAUGGAGUCCAUAGUGACGGACAGCCACGACCUGAUGAUGUCAGAGGACCAGCAGCUGCAUCUGUACAAGGGGAACAGUGUGGAGAUGGCCAUGUGGCUACCCAAGAAGACCCAGCUGCUGGGCCGGGUGGAGUCUCUCCUCAGGAGCGGAGCCGAGCUUCCCGCCGACUUCCAGGAGCGCGUCGGGGCCCUCACGCGCAAGUGGGACCUCCUGCAGAGCAUUCUGGGGGAGCACGCGGAGGCCCCCGGCCCCGGCAGCCCCGCCCGCGAUGUCCGCUCCCUGCUCUCCCCGGAGACGCACAGCAUGCUGGGACAGCUGCAGGUCCGCAUCAAGGAGCUGAAGGCCUGGCUGCGGGACACGGAGCUCUUCAUCUUCAAUUCGUGCCUGAGGCAGGACCGCGAGCAGGACCAGCAGGCCUCCAAGCAGCUGCAGUACUUUAAGUCCCUGUGUUUGGAGGUGCGGGGGCGUCGCAGGGGUGUAGCAUCUGUGCUCAGGCUGUGUCAGAAGCUUCUGGAAACCCAGGACUCAUGUGAGCCGGAGUCUGAGCGGCAGGCCCUGCAGCUGCUCACCGUCAACCUGGAGCGCCGCUGGGAGGCCAUCGUCAUGCAGGCCCUGCAGUGGCAGACCCGCCUGCAGAGGGCGCUAGGCACCGAGCAGGUGCCGGGGAACAUCAUUGAACCUUCCUUCAUGGACCUGCACAGCCCCCCCGAAGAUUCCUGGGAGUGGGAUGAAACCGACAUCAGUAACGACCUGAUCAGCAUCGGGGUGGAGUCGGGCAACCUUGAAGAAAAGCAGAGUCAUACAUGCAAAUCAGCCAAGGGCUCCCCAGGGAGGUCAUUGGACGUUCUGGAGCCGAAUGAGAGCAUCACGCCUCGGUACGGGACGUCCCCGCCCCAGAGCCCCGGGCUGACGCCUCCAAUCUGCCGUCCUAGCGCGUACCAGGUGUACAGCCUCCGAGAGGUGGAGCUGUAUGACAGGCCCCAGUUCCUCCUGCACAAGAAGGGCCCCUCGAAGCCAGGCUGCAAGCAACCCCUGAUGAAGAGUCUGAGCAAAGACUCCUCCUUCUGCUCGGCUGAAUCCUUGCCGGACCUCCUUGGGGGCAUCCCGUGUGGGAAGGAGGGCAGGGGCCGGAGCUCUGGAGACUCGGCGAGGCGCUCGGAAAGCGAGAGCGGGAUCGUGAGCGAGGGCGAUACGGAGACCACUGGGAACUCCGAGAUCUGCGUGCUCCGUCAGGCCGGGGAUGGCUCGACGGGGAGCAUCUCGUCCACGCCUCCCCCCGACGGGGUCGAAUCGCCUGCCGCGGGCCGCGUGUGUGACGAGGACAUCGACCGGGUCCUGGAGCGGGCGGAGAAGCUCGCCCUGUACGGGAGCUGCGAUGGCAGGCCCCUGCCCGAUGGCAAGCUCAGGACCAAGAUGGCCAAGAAGAAGAGAGACGAGUCCUCGGAGAGGAAGAGGAGGCCCCGGAGGGACCCGGCGGAGAUCCUCGUUAACGGCCGCUACUCCCUGCUGGAGUCAGAAGGGGAGGAGCUUGACCCCAGAGCCUUUGGGGCGGUCACAGACGAUGAGAGAGGGGCCACGGAUAGAAAGAGCAGGAAAGGGCCUGCCUGUGCCUCACAGGGCUCCUCCCUAGACUCCCUCUUCCUGGCGGGAGAAUUAUUCCCGUCUGGCAAAGACACGCUGCACCGCAGCACCUCCCUGGAGAGCUGGCUGGCCCCGUGUAAGAACGAGGAGGAGACGGGCAGCCAGCACAGCCUGGGGGACCUGGGGUUAGCCGCAGAGUCCACGGGGGAGCUGAGCAGGAGGACCCUGGAGCUCCUCAAACGCCUGGAGAACAUCCAGAGCCCCUUCGCCGGGAAGAUGACACGCAGCAUCUCCGAUAUCACCCUGCGGAGCAGCUCCCUGCGGCUGUCGGGUCCGGGGCCCCUGUCCCUGGGUGCCCCUUCCUCCAUCAACGAGAGCUCGGCGCCCUCAAUGACAGAGCUGAGCAGCAGCGAGGACUCAUCAGUGGGCUCAGAGGACAUGGCCGUGCAGAGGAACCGGCUGGCCGACUCCAACGCCUCCUUCCGCAAGCACUGCCGGAGCCAGGUGCUGCCGCCGCCGGAUGAGGCCGAUGCCAGCGUGAGUAUGGUGGUCAACGUCUCCUGCACCUCUGCCUGCACCGAUGACGAAGAUGACAGCGACCUGCUAUCCAGCUCCACCCUCACCCUUACCGAGGAGGAGCUGGGCAUCAAGGAGGAUGGUGACUCCAGCCUGGCCUCCGACGAGGAGUACAUGGAGGGCGGCUUCGCCCUGGGGCUGGAGUACAUGAAGAACGAGCUCCAGAACUGGAUCAAGCCUCGGUCCGUGACCCGGGACAAAGGCGAGCUGGACCUGGUGGAUGAGCUCCAGUGCGGCACGGCUUCCCGCGCCAACGUGGCGGCCGUCGCCUCUGCGACAACUGCGGCCAACGAGAAGCGCUUCCUCAGCAGGUCUGCGCUGAAGCUUCUAGAGUCCAACGCCAACGGGAAGAGCAGCCCCCUCCAGCAGCAGCAGGUGACGAGAAGCUCCAUGAGCCAGUUUGUGGACGACUUGGAGAACGGGAACGUGGAGAAUUCGGCUAAGGGGAAGGAUGAGGAUGACGAGCUUAUGAGAGAGGAAGGAAGCCUGUUCACUAAGAGCGGCGAAUCCUUCAAGGACUGCUACUCGCCCGAUUCAUCCGGAUGCGGGUCCGGGACUUCAGUCAGAGCCGCCAAGCCCUGCGACAUGCUUCCAUUGCAGCCUAAAGCGUCGGCCCUGGAGGGCCAGCUGAGCGGGGAGAUCCCCUGCCACAGCUCCCGGCGGCAGUCCCCCCUCACGUCGCCCGCCAGCGGGUGCCCGGGCUCGCCCGAGUGCACUCUGGGAAUGCCGCGCGGAACCCACAGCCAGGACCACUUGGACUCCUUCCUGAAAGACGGCCAGGAGGCGGAUGAGCCAAUGGCCGACCAGCCCCCACCCCCCUGCUGCAGCCGGCCCCCGCUGCUCCCCCGGGAGGAGGAAGAGGAGGGCGAAGAGGACGUGCACAACUUUGUGAUGGAGAUCAUCGACAUGGCCUCCGUGGCCCUCAAGAACAAGGAGACGGGGGCCGACCGGGAUCCUCCCGGCUCCGCCCCGGUGUCCCAGAUCCGAGACAAGGUCCUGGAGCACUCGCACCGGCCCAUACACCUGAGGAAGGGCGAUUUCUACUCCUACCUGUCCCUGUCCUCCCACGACAGCGACUGUGGCGAGGUCAGCACCUGUACCGAAGACAAGAGCAGUACCCCCUUGCCCUAUGACCUCAGCGACACCCCCGACCUCCACGAUGAGGAGCUGCUCUUUCAGCCCUGCACCGAGGAGGUGUACCUGGGCCCCCCUCUCUGCUACACCAUGUGUAUGCCCAAGAAGCAGACCUUCAAAUUCAGGGCCUAUCCCUCCCCCAAUACUAUAAUGGAUGGAGCACCUCCACCGGCCUGCACUGAAUACCAAAAAGCACCUGGUGUUUCUCCAGGAAGUACAGCUGGGAGCCAGCUAGAGUGCCAUAAUGAGGCUGCUUAUCUUAAUCCUUUACCAUGUGAAACCCUGAUAGACACUGUUGAAUGUUUUGCAGAUACUAAAAUGCUUGAAUCCAAUAUUUCCCCUGUAAUGACUAAGAUAAGAGUCUCUUGCUCCAGUACAAAUCCUUUAAAAGGGGAAGGCAGCCUUUAUAUUAAUCCUAAAAUUAACUGUCCUCAGAUAAGAAAGAGUGAUAGGGAUGAAAAAGGCCCUGCUUCACAGCGGAUGAAACAGAAGAAUGUCAGGAAAGGAUGUAGUUCUCUUCAGGAAGCUAAGUCGACUCACAAACAGCCCAUACUUACAAUGCUGUCACUGCACCAUCAGUCUCCCAGGCCUGAGCGAGGUUUAGCGAGAGACAGCCAGGUGCCCCAACAGAGGGGCCCCGUCUCUGGCAUCCCCGUCUCCAGCGCUUCCCGGAGCCGCUAUGCUGUGCGGGAGAGCGGAACCGCCAGGCCCCUGGCCAAGAGAGUGUCCGGUGCCCUUCCACUCAGCUCCAGACCCAGGCCAUGAGUCGGGGCAGGGUUGCCCCUCGUACCCCCCCUGUGUCGUGGCUCCGUCCCCUGGCGUGUGGCUCACACCGGACCGGUCCUCUGGCUGUCCUUCUUCCUCUUCCUCCUCUUCCUCCUCCUCGCUGCUGUCUCUGACCCCCAGCUCCGAUGAUGUCGGCAAUAUGGCCCGCCCCCCUCCCACCGUCCUCUUCCUAUCACGGACCCCGGAACUGAGCUACCUCAACGGUCUGCCACCAUUGUCACCCAACCCCAGUCGCUGUUCGUCUCUCACCACCAAUCAGUUUCUCGCUCCUUUCCGUCACAUCCUCCGUCUUUCUCCUCCACUUUAUCUCCCUUAAUCUCCAACCCGCAUGGCGAGUCACUCAUAUCUCACCGUCUCAUAAGUUCAACAACAACAGCUAGCUGAAAAUACGUAAGUCCCAGGUUCUCCUUCGCCUAGUGUUUUGUGCCAGGUGGAAUGCAGGUAGGUUUGAGGUGUGCCCGCAACAGGAAGGGGACCCAUGCAAUCUCUCUAUCGUUUGAGAUGUUCUCCCAGGAAAGCUUCUGCUCCAGAGGGCUUGUGUGUCCACGUUAGCGGAGAGACACAAACGUAGCAGAACUGGAAACUUGGACCCGCGUUUCGUCCAAAGACGAGGCAAACGGAGUUGAUGUCUAUCUAUGCAACGCAGGCCCAGGUUGGAAACAGCUGCAUUGUGUUGUGCGAGAUGGGAUCACCGGCUGAUGGCGUAACUAAACACACCCUUUCUUUUUUUAUGUUUCCUAAGAUAGGGAAAAAAGUGAGGAAAUGUUUUAAAAAUUAAAAAGAAUGUGUGCCUUGCUGUUUUUUCUUAUACCUUUUGUUAAUACACUGCUUUUCCCAGUUAAAUGUUCAAAAAAACUACGAAAGAAAAAAAAUGCCCAGAAUAGCAAGGUUGAGAUGUGUGAAUAGCGUCUGUAUAUAUGUAUAAGUGCAAACAUUGGUGUAUAAUGAUGGUAUAAAUGCUUCCUGUUUGUGUAUUACUGUGUGUUCAGUGAUGUGGAACAUAAUAAGCCUUAAAAGUGCUAGACUGCAUGGUUAACACUAUAUAAAAUGUUGACAAAUAAACUUAAUUUAUUGAACACAA